AUGGCUGACGUUGAGAUGAGCGACGCUCCCUCGGGCGCCAAGAAGUCGGACGCCGUCGAGGCGAGGAAGAAGUUUGAAGUAAAGAAGUGGAAUGCCGUUGCCCUCUGGGCUUGGGACAUUGUCGUCGACAACUGCGCCAUCUGCCGUAACCACAUCAUGGACCUGUGCAUCGAGUGCCAGGCGAACCAGGCCUCAGCCACCAGUGAAGAAUGCACAGUGGCGUGGGGCAUUUGCAACCACGCCUUUCACUUCCACUGCAUUUCUCGUUGGCUCAAGGCCCGAUCCGUCUGCCCGCUCGACAACCGCGACUGGGAGUUCCAAAAGUACGGCCGAUAA